AUGUCCAUGUACGAAUCAAUGUCCCUGACUAGUGGCUCGCCCGCUAGUCUGACGGUCGAUUUUGUAGACCUGACGAGUAGUGUAAAGCCGGACAAUUCGAGAUCCAUGCGGCGCGAAGACAGCUCCACUGAUCCCCAGCCCUCCAGUCUCUUUCCCAAUCCCCGUUCUCCGAGCAUGGUGGGUCUCUGUUCUUCAAUCUGA